AUGGUAGAAGCAGAAGGAAAUUAUUCCUCUGUUACUAAGUUUAUCCUUGCUGGAUUAACAGAGAAACCCAAGCUCCAGCUGCCCCUUUUUUCCCUUUUCCUUGGAGUCUAUAUGGUGACAGUGGUGGGGAACCUGGGCAUGAUCAUCCUGAUUGGGUUCAGUUCUCACCUACACACACCUAUGUACUUUUUCCUCUCCAAUAUGUCCUUCAUUGACUUGUGCCAGUCCACUGUCAUUACCCCCAAAAUGCUGGUGAACUUUGUGACAGAGAAAAACAUCAUCUCCUACCUUGAAUGCAUAUCUCAAUUUUUUUUCUUCUGUGUAUUUAUUAUUGCAGAGAGUCACAUGUUAGCUGCAAUGGCAUACGAUCGCUAUGUUGCCAUCAGUAAACCCUUGCUUUACAAUGUCACCAUGUCCUCUCAAGUCUGUUCCUGGAUGGUGAUUGGGGUGUACGGCAUGGGUUUCAUUGGUGCCACAGCCCACACAGUCUGCAUGCUAAGGCUGAGUUUCUGUAAAACUGAUAUAAUAAACCAUUACUUCUGUGAUCUAUAUCCAGUAUUGGAGCUAUCCUGCUCUAGUACUUUCAUCAAUGAAGUACUAGCUCUGUGUUUCUGUGCAUUUAAUAUCAUUAUCCCAAGUCCGAUCAUCUUUAGCUCUUACAUCUUUGUCAUUGUCAGCAUCCUCUGCAUUCGCUCCAAUGAGGGCAGGUCCAAAGCCUUCAGCACCUGCAGCUCCCACAUUGCUGCUGUUGCUAUCUUCUAUGGUUCUACAACAUUCAUGUACCUGCAGCCUUCAUCUGUAAAUUCCAUGGAUCAAGGAAAAGUGUCCUCUGUGUUUUAUACCAUUAUUAUACCUAUGCUGAACCCCUUGAUUUAUAGCUUAAGGAAUAAGGAUGUCAAGGUUGCCCUAAAUAAGUUGCUUGUGAAAAAGAAUAUUGUGUUUUAA